AUGGACGUGGAGCUAGAGAAGCGGAUCGCGGUGCCGCUGUGGACUAGCUCCUUCGUGGCAGUGACUCAACGUGUGUGCGUGUGGGUAGUGGUGAAUAGAAAUCGGAGCAAGCCGGUGUGUGGCUUGGCCGGGGCCCCUCUGGCGUCGGGGGCCCGAGGCGGCCGCCCCGUUCGCCCCCCCGGGUCCGACAAGUGGGAGGUGAGGCGCGUGAAGGUCUUUGACGGCAGGGACAAGGACCUGGCGCUGCAGUGCUGGGAGACCGACGCCGUCGUGCCCGUCGGCGGCCGGUUCCUGUGCUGGGUCGACUACUACCGUGGCAUCCUGGUCGGCCGCGUGUUGGCCGACGGCGGCUCCGCGCUCACGUACGUGCCGCUGCCCGUGGACACCCCUUGGGCGGAGCCCGACCACGGCCGGGAGUUCCCCGAGGCGUCCCGGAGCGUCUGCGUCACCGCCGGCGACACGGUGAAGUUCGUCAGCGUCGACCGCGGCCUGGUCUUCGUCUUCACCGUCACCAUCUGGACCCCGGGCAAGGCGCGGGACGGCGGCAUGGAGUGGGAGAAGGACGGCGAGUUCCGUGCCGCCGAGCUCUGGGCCUUCUCCGGCUACGAGCGCCUCCCGCGUGUCCCGCCGGAGUACCCCGUCGUGAGCAUGGUCGACCCCGACGCCCUCUGCUUCAUGGUGAGCGCGGGACGCCACGCUGGUGUCGACGCCGGGGGAGACGACACGGUGUGGCUGGUCGAGGUCGACACGAGGCGCAGAGCGGUGCGGUCAGUGUCCCGCUACUCCAAAGAAGAGACGAGGGACAUAUCAGGGCGUGCCUUCCACGACGAGGAGGAGGAGGAGGACGACACCGAUGGCUUGGCCUCGCUGAACAUGUUUCAUGGCCAUGCCUUCCUUCCCAGCGAGGUCACCGCGCACGUACACGAGCAGUAGUCGUACUUGCUCGUCCUUCAUCCAGGCUAGUAGCCAUCAGUUGUCACACUUAGACGUGGGACAGGCUCAAGUUUCAGGGACUGUCUAAGGCUGAGCCAACUGGAACUUGCGUGUCAUUUUUACUUUUUUUUUGGGUCGAACAACGCUCUUUGUUU